AUGGUGAACGCUGAGGCCUUGGAAAAAUUUUAUAAAACUGUUGAGCAGAAUCAAGACGAUUAUGUUGAGAGGUUGAGAGAAGCGGUUGCCAUUCCAAGUUCGGACGUCGAACGUCGAGAUGACGUUGUCCGUAUGUCUCAUUGGCUUACUUCCUUAUUCGAGAAACUAGGAAUUAAAUAUGAAGCUCGUGACGUGGGCAGUCAUAUUAUGGAUAAUGUAGAGUUGAAACUUCCACCUAUUAUUUUGGGUACUUAUGGCAACGACCCUAAUAAAAAAACCAUUUUGGUCUACGGACAUUAUGAUGUCCAGCCUGCGUUACUUGAAGAUGGCUGGAGCUCAAAACCUUUUGAUAUGAUCGAGACUCCACAAGGUCAAUUAAUUGGCAGAGGUGCUAGCGACGAUAAAGGACCUAUCAUUGGAUGGCUUAAUGCUAUCGAAGCACAUCAGAAUGCAGAAAUAGAAUUUCCUGUUAAUUUGAAGAUCUGUUUUGAAGGAAUGGAAGAGAAUGGUUCAGAAGGGCUUGACGAAUUAAUUUCCAAAGAGGCGGACAAAUAUUUUAAAGAUGUGGAUGCUGUAUGCAUCUCAGACAACUAUUGGCUUGGUGUGACUAAGCCUUGUUUGACGUAUGGGUUACGUGGAAUUUGUACUUACAAAGUCACUAUAUCCGGCCCAGGAAAAGAUCUCCACUCGGGUGUCUUUGGUGGUACUGUCCAUGAGCCUAUGACUGAUCUAUUUCAUUUGUUCAGUAAACUGGUUACUCCGCAAGGCAAAAUUUUGAUUACAGGAGUUAACGACGAUGUUGCACCCCUCGAUGAUGCAGAGCUCCAGAUAUAUAAAUCGUUAGAAUUUACGAUGAGCGAAUUUCACUCUGCUAUUGGGUCGAAAACAAAUAUUCACGAAAGCGAAAUAGAAAUACUACAACAUAGAUGGCGCUACCCGUCACUUUCGAUUCAUGGUAUUGAAGGUGCAUUUUCUAGUUCCGGAUUCAAAACUGUCUUACCUGCAAGAGUCAUUGGAAAGUUCUCAAUCAGAAUUGUUCCAAAUAUGGAUGCUAAACGUGUUGAUCAACAGGUUGUAAAAUAUUUUAAUGAUGAAUUUGCGAAACUGGGUAGUAAAAAUACUCUUAAUGUGGAGUGUUUACAUAGUGCCAAAGCAUGGAUUGCAAACCCUAAUCAUUGGAAUUAUGUUGCUGCUUCUAAUGCUGUUGAAAGAGUUUUCAAAUGCAAGCCUGAUUUGACGCGUGAAGGUGGUUCUAUUCCUGUUACUUUGACAUUUCAAGAUGCUUUGAAAAAGAAUGUUUUAUUACUCCCAAUGGGUCGUGGUGAUGACUUUUUAACAAAACUCGUAUUUUGGGAUCGUGAUAAAGGUGAAGAUAUGACAGAAGUUAUUGAAAAACCAUUUUAUGAUGUAAAUUUGGGUUGCGGAUAUGGACUAAAUAAGGUUCAACAUUUAACGUUUAAAGAGAUCUAUUCUUCAAACGUCGCGGCUAAAGACAACAAAUUAAUUAAAGAAAAGUCUCUAAUUUCCGAAUCGUUUAAAGUUAGUGAUGAAUCGGUUGCAUUUAAAAUGGAUGAUAAUAUUGGUGAAAGAAGAGUCAACUAUGACACCAUUUUUAAUGAAUAUCAUGGAGUUUUUCCUACCAGAUUAGGAUUUUUCAAGCAUAAACAAAAAAUUGAAGAAAUUCACACUCAACGUGUUGAUUAUACAAUUAAACAAGGAAAUGUCCUUAUUAAACGUGAUAUAGACUCACAACUUCAUGUUUCAUUAUCUGAUGAAGGCGAAGUUUCAACAGAUCAAGAAAUCGGAGACAUCGAGGAAGACCAAAUCAAAGAUGAAACUAUUAGUUAUCUGGAGCAUAAAAAAAUAGUUCAGUAUGUCGAAGAACACAAUAGAAAGUUUUUGGCAAAAACUAUUGAAAUGGAUGGAAAUUGUUUUAAUGUAAUGUUGGAACAUAUUACUGAAAUAUUACAGUUACCUCAGGCGUACCAACAAACGAAGUUUGGGAGAAGAUCCUUAUUGCAAUUAGAUCAAUAUAUCAAAAAUAUUAUUAUUGAAAGAAAUACCAUUUCCGGGUAUGUCUUCGACAAAAUUUAUUUGCGAUUCCAUCCUCAUAAUAAUGCUUGGAUAGGUAAUCAUGUUGCCUUGGAGCCAUUCGAGGAUGGUUUCGGCAAAUGUAUUGCAAUACCAUUUGAUAUGUUUUUCAAUUCACAUGUACAUCCAGAAUUUCAAAUGCUCGUAUGGAAUACUAGUCGUCGGUAUGGUAGUCGAAAAAUUAUACGCGAUUGUGAAGAAGUUGAACUUUCUAGAAAACGAAAACCAAGCUUUGAUGCCAGUCAGCUUUUUGAAUCAUUAGAUCCUUUGGUUUUUAAUGAUUUUGAUGCACACGCGUAUUAUGAUUCUAUCAAAUAUUUAUAUUGGGCAAGAACUCAAGAGCAAUUUGAUAAAGAGCUUAGGUUAUUUAAAAUAGCUAAACAUCAAAAGGCUGGAUGUUCGAAUUAUAAUUCAGUUGAACAUAGUUGGUGUAUAUCGAACUUGAUUCAAGGUCUAUCGGAUAAAUAUGAUAUUGAACUGGAUAUCGAACAAUUAAUUGGUCGUAGUUUAGAUUGUUAUGAUGAUUUCUUAAAAUCUUUGAAUCAAAUCUUACCAUUAGAAGAUAACACGCUAAUCUAUUAUAGGUGUGACUCUUUUAAUAGUUGCUUUAACCACUUGGAUUUAGUACCUUUUGUCGGAAGUCAGUCAAUAAGCGUCCUUUGCUUUGUUAGCUGGGGUGAAAUACCGCACAUCAGAUCGAUACAGUGGUCAGCCGCCAAUGUGGACACAUAUUUACAUUAA